UCCUUCAGGACGACCCUGGAAGCCAUGCGGACACCGUAUCUUACAUCAUAAACUUAUUCGUUCAAUUUUGCCGUGCACAGACGAUUUGCCAGUCCAAAUCACAACGUAUAGAUCAUCGAUAGCUAAUAUUUCAAACAGUUAUUCCUUAAUAUGUCAAAGUUAUUUAACGCCUUAAGCACUCUCGGCAUCGGCCUAGCAGUCGGAGCAAGUGUUGUGAAUACUGCACUUUACAACGUUGACGGUGGACAUAGAGCUGUGAUAUUUGACAGAUUUAGAGGAGUCCAGGAAAAAGUUGUAGGAGAAGGAACACAUUUUAUGAUUCCAUGGGUACAGAAACCCAUCAUAUUUGAUAUCCGUUCAAAGCCAAGGAAUAUAGCUGUGGUUACAGGAAGCAAAGAUUUGCAAAAUGUUAACAUUACUCUGAGAAUUUUGUUCCGGCCAUUGAGUUCCAGUCUUCCUAAAAUCUACACAAACAUUGGAAUGGACUACGACGAAAGGGUACUGCCAUCCAUUACCAAUGAAGUCCUCAAAGCAGUGGUGGCCCAGUUUGAUGCCAGUGAAAUGAUUACCCAGAGAGAGGUGGUGUCAACCAAGGUCCGAGAAGAAUUGACAGAGAGGGCUCGCCAGUUUGGUGUCGUCCUGGAUGACAUUUCACUGACUCAUCUUACAUUUGGCCGAGAGUUUACACAAGCUGUUGAAAUGAAACAAGUUGCCCAGCAGGAUGCUGAAAGAUCCAGAUAUUUAGUAGAAAAGGCCGAGAUGAAUAGAGAGGCAGCUGUUAUCCAGGCCGAGGGAGACUCUGAAGGAGCUGAACUGUUAGCCAAGGCCUUCAAAAUUUCAGGCGAUGGCUUGAUUGAAUUACGUAAGCUUGAGGCUACUGAGGAAAUUGCCUACCAAAUGUCCCAGUCACGAAAUGUGACUUAUUUACCGUCAGGACAACAGACAUUGCUAUCCCUUCCACAGUAACCACCGAUCUUAGUGGAAGAAAUAUUUAUCAGAACAUUUGAUCAGAAGACAAUUCAUGUUGUUACAGAGAAUAAUACAUAGAGAUGUAUUGUAAGAAAGGAUUUUCCAAGACAAAUUGUUUAAAACUUUUUUCCUUUGUAUGCAUAUAUAUAUAAACAUUUCAGUUUCACUGAAUGGUGUGAACCGAAAUAAGUCUUUAAUUUCUAGAGUGCUGUUUAGCAGUAAUGAAAGCAGUGAUUUUCUAGUUCAUACCAGAGUACCUUGUAUCUGGUACACAAAACAACAAAUUGUAGUGCGUAUAUAUAUGUAGAUAAUUGAACAAAAGAUAACAAUAGAAAUUAAUUUUUAAAUGUCAUUGUAAAUGAUGUGACAAUGUAAUAUUAGUUUUGUAAUCCUGACUAAGGUAGUAACAAUAUGAAGAGUGCAGUGUAAUAGUCACAAUGGGUAGUGGUGUAUGUAUAAAUUUGACUGUUGACACUGGCAUUCAAGUUUAAUACAAUGCUGAUAAGAUCAAAAACAUCCUGAAAAACCAUGAUUGUAUGAAUCUAAUAUGGCUAUUAUAUCAGAAUUGUUUGUGAAUGAAUGUGUGUGUGAUUUGUGAUUAUUGUCGGCAGUGACCAGAAUAAAAGGCGAUAAAAACUA